AUGUCGGAACCUUUUUCGUAUAACUCGCCGCCUACGUCUAGUGGGCGACCUACGACGUCUACUGGGCCUCGUCCUGGGACGUCGAAUCCGUUCAGGCAAGGGACGAGCCAAGGUCCACCGCCUACGUACGAUUCGCGGAGUAAUCAGUGGUCGAGUUAUGGGUAUGAUGGUUCGGGGAGGCCGUCUUCGAGUUAUGGUCAUGGAUAUGAUUCGUCCGGGAGGCCGCCGCCUUCGUCCUAUGGUGCUCGACCACCCCCGUCUUCGUAUGGCUAUGGGACGGGAAGUUCGUCGUAUGGUGUUGUUGCGCCUGGAGGAGGGGUGAGGUACCCGGAGGAUGAGUUUGAAGAAGAGAGUGAUGAGGAGGAUGUGUUUGCGUUUUUGCCGCCUACGACUGCUGAUAUUGAGGAGGAGCAGAGGAGGAGGGAGGAGGAGGAGAGGAAGAGGAGGGAGGAAGAGGCGGAGAGGGUAGCUGCGAUGCAGAAGCAGAUGGCGCAGAAGCAGCAGCAGCAGCAGCAGCCGCAUGCGUCGACGUCGAGUAUGAAGCCUAUAACGGAGGGUGACCGUGUGAGGGAUUUGGAGGAGGAGGAGAGGAGGAGGAUACGAGAGGAGCAUUCGUUUGCGUUUACGAUUGAUACCGACGUUACCACCAAACCGAAGAAGCGGCGGAGUAGUCGGGGUAGUGGGGACGGGGAUGUGACUACUGCCCAUCCGAGUCCGACGUAUUCGACGGGGGCUGGGAGGAGGAAGGAGUACCCUCUUACCGCCGAUUCCGAAGAUUAUGGUGGACCGUCUUAUGAACGCCCGCGGUUCACGUAUGAUUAUGAGCCCCCUGUUUCGCCGCCGAGUACUGAGAGCAAUGGGGGGAGUAGAGCUGGGCUUGGGACGGCUGAGAAGGACGGGUUCAAGAUGACGAGGCUUGAUAAGGAUGGGAGACGGAGGAGUGUGGACGAGAGUUCGCGGCGGAAGAGCGGGGAACGUGAGCGGAAAAACAGCGAAGGGCCUGGACAGCAGCAGGACGAUGAAAAGGAUAGGGAGGAUGAGAGUGUUACUGUUGCUGCUUCGCUUGAUGGGUUGGGGAGUCCGACUACGACGAAGGAGGGUGAGCAUGACGGUGGGGAGAGUGAGGUUGCGAAGGAGGAGAAGAGGGCUGUGGAUGGGGAGGAUAGUGGGGGGCAUGAGCCGGGUGUGUUUGGACGGCAUUGGCAGCAUUUCCAGCCUAAUCCUGCGCGGUACAACUCGAAUUCGGGGCCGUAUAAGAGGCAUAGGGAGUACCACUACAACCAGGCGUACCCGCAUUAUGCCAAGAGCCGGGGGUCGUCGAGAGGUGUUGCGUCUUCCAUGGAUGAGCCGAGUGCGGGUGGGAGCAGUAGGAGGAGGAGGAAGGGGAGUAGGAGGGGCGUGAGUCGGCAUCUGCAGCCGCCUGGUACGGCGGGUACGCACAUGACUGCGAUGUCGACUGCUACGAGCGAUUAUAUGGCGUCUAGCGAAUACACGCAUGGGUCGAUGAUGGAUAGGCCGGAUACUGGUCUCAACAGCCUGGGGUAUCUGAAGGAGACGAGUCGGAGCGAGUUGGAUGAGUAUGACGAUGAUGAGUAUGACGGGUAUGAUGGGGAGAGUAGGGAGGGGAGUAUCAAUGAACUGGAGCUUCCCCCAUUCUCGCCUCCCCCGCUUUCGCCUAUUGCUGAACACCCGCCUCCUCCUACAUCUUCGUUUUCGUCUUCGUCGGAGGGGGAGAGCGACGACAAGCCUUCGUCUGCUGGUCGCCAAUACGUUGCUUCCCCGCCACCGGUACCCCACCGAGGGUCGAUGAUGGCUACCCCUUUAAACAUUCUACCUUCCACCCCUUCGCCUUGCUUUGACGGUACUGCUAGUGGUUUCCAGCGCCGUCAUAGCGAUAUCGACUUGAAGAGGAUGGGGUCGCUGACGUGUGAUGAUGCUCUUUCUGUUUCUAGGAUGGAGUUUGAUUUCGAUGCGAUUGAGGACGAGGAUAGCCCGUAUCCUGAAGUCCGAGCUAGCGUGUCGAAUAUCGAUGAUCCUGAUAUGCCUGCGAUGACGAUUCGGAUGUGGGUGGUUGGGUUGGUGCUGUGUAUGGCUUCGAGUGCCGUGAACGUGUUCUUCAACUUCCGGUCUCCAGCGCCGUCGAUUGUUCCACUCGUUCUACUCCUUCUUUCCUAUCCUAUUGGCAAGUUCCUGGCGUUCACGCUACCGAUCACGACCUACCGAAUUCCUCUACCCUACAUCCCGUCACGCUUUCUUCCCGCCUCGAUGCCCAACGUCCUCUCCCGCAUCCUCCGACCACUUACUUUCCCUCACGCCAUCGAGUUCAGUCUCAAUCCCGGCCCAUGGAACAUCAAAGAGCACGUCUUGGUCUACAUCAUGGCCAACGUCGCCGUCGGUUCACCCUACGCGCUCAACGCCAUCGUUGUCCUCGAAGUCUUCUACGAGUUCAAGACAGGCUACUGGUUCUCCCUCGUUCUCGUCCUUGCGACCCAGUUGACCGGGUUCGGUCUGGCUGGGAUGUGUCGCCGGUUCUUGGUCUGGCCUGCGAGUAUGGUGUGGCCGCAGAACCUUGUUGCGUGUACGUUGUUGAAUACGUUGCAUGCUGAGGACGAGGAUGAUGGGAUUGGGAUGCUCGGGGGUCCUACGUUGGAGGAUGAUCCUAAUACCGAGGGUGGUAGGAGGAGGAAGAGGGGCAUGUCGAGGUACAAGUUCUUCAUCUGGACAACGCUGGGUGCCUUCGUGUUCUUCUUCCUACCAGGGUACCUCUUCCAAGCGCUCUCUAUCUUCUCCUUCGUGUGCUGGGCCGCUCCCAACAAUGUUGUCGUCAAUCAGCUUUUCGGUGUUCAGUCUGGCUUGGGCAUGAGCAUGUUGACUUUCGAUUGGUCUCAGAUCACUUGGAUUGGUAGUCCUCUCAUGGUCCCUUGGUGGGCUGAAGUCCAUGUCUUUGUUGGUUUCGUCCUCUUCUACUGGAUCCUUACUCCGAUCCUGUACUACACCAACUCGUGGCAACUCGCAUACUUCCCUAUCAGCGACACCUCCCCUUACGACCGAUUUGGCAACCGCUACAACAUCGGACGUGUACUCAAGCACGACGACACCUUUGAUCUCGAAGCCUACGAAGCCUAUUCGCCGCUCUUCCUCCCUGCCACUUACGCUGUCACCUAUCUGCUGGCGUUCUGCCUCAGCACAUGUGUGAUUGUUCACACUGUGUUGUACCACGGCCACACGCUUCUGAACGGUUUCAAGAAGAUUCGAGUCGAGAACGACGAUAUUCAUGCGAAGCUUAUGAGGAAUUACCCAGAGGUACCGGAUUGGUGGUAUCUUUGUGCGUUUGGGUUCUUCUUUGCGCUCGCGAUCGUCGCUGUUGAGGUUUGGGAUACUAGUGUUCCGGUUUGGGCGCUUUUGCUGAGCGUUAUCCUUCCUGUCAUCUAUAUCCUUCCGAGUGGUUUCAUUUAUGCGAUGACGGGACAGGGUAUCAAUCUGAAUAUUCUAGCGCAAAUCAUUCCUGGAACCCUCCUGCCUGGUCAACCGCUCGCCAACAUGGUCUUCAAGGCGUACAGCGUGCAGACCCUCAGCGAAGCCACGAAUUUUGUGCAAGAUCUCAAGUUAGGCCAUUACGUCAAGGUUCCACCUCGUGCAACAUUCUUGGUCCAGAUGAUUGCGACGACGCUUGCUGGAUUCAUCCAAGUCGGUGUCAAGCAUUGGAUCUUCACGAACGUCAAGGAUAUUUGCGACAAGAACCAGCCCAGUAAGCUCACUUGCCCGCAUAACCAUGUGUUCUUCACGGCAAGUGCGAUCUGGGGUCUCAUCGGACCAACACGGCAGUUCGGACCAGGUUCCAUCUACCACCCGCAUCUCUACGCUAUCGUCAUUGGCGUCUUCCUCCCUCUUCCAUUCUGGCUAUGGCGUCGUCGGUACCCGGACUCGUGGGUCAAGUGGGUCUCGACUCCUGUCGUGCUCAAUGGUGUAUCUUGGAUUCCGCCAGCUACCGGUAUCAACUAUAGCAGUUGGUUCUUGGUGGGCUUCAUGUUCCAGUACCUCGUCCGGAAGAGGAACUUUGCUUGGUGGAGCAAGUUCAACUACGUGUUGAGUAGCGCACUUGACAGCGGCACUGUCAUCGCUGUCAUCGUCAUUUUCUUCACGCUUCAAUUCCCGAAAGACGGAUUCUUCCUCAAUUGGUGGGGGAAUGUGGUUCAUACCAAGACUGCCGACUUCAACCAAGAACCUCUACUGAAGAUUCCUGAAGGCGGUAUUCCCUGGAAAAACUGAGCACGUAUGUGCUCCUCGCUGAAGUGAGACUGUUUGUUGAUGGAGAAGUUUGAAACAGGACAAACCUUCCUUUAUAUUAUCCGCGCUUAUCUCUUCCUCAUUUCCCUUUUGGUAUCGAUUUUGGUGUGCUCUCAGCUUCCUCUAUUUCUCUCCUUCAAUUCAAAUCUUUCCAUAGAUAGGGGUCACUCUCUUCGUUUCCUUCUUAUUGCUUUUUUUAUAGUCCGUUCAUUUUUUUGUCUAUCACUCAACGCCAUUGCGUAUCGUCCGCUUCCCACUACUACCGCCACUCCUUUAUGGUUUUUAACUAUUGUCGAUCUCCAAGUAUUAUUGUUACCUUAUCAUCUUGUCUUGUGUGUUCAAGGGUCGAAUAGCAGCAAUCACAUUUCAUUGAAGUCGA